GAGCAUAUUAAAUCUGCAGUAGAUAAAACAGAUGUCACAUAACCUAGACUUGUUAUCACAGCUGCUGUCAAAUGUAUGUCAUAUGUCAAAUGUAGACCACCAAUUAAAAUAACAAAUUUUUUCUAAUAAAACAAAUAAACUAGUUUAAAAUAUUAUUCAAAAAAAGGUAAUAAAAUGUUUGAUUUACCACCAGAAUUAGUGGCAAAACCAUUGGCAUUAAUUGCUUUGACAGGUCUUGAUAUAUCAAAUACAGUACAUCGUUCAAUUUGGGAUGCAUUUAGUAAUAAUCGUCGUCCAGAUUCACAUCCAAUACAAUUUAAAUUACUUCAACAAUCACAUGUAUUUCCAGUAUCAAAACAAAAAAAAAAUUCAUAUGAAUGGUAUACACCAAAAGGUAUAUUAAAACGUAAUUGGAUGACAAAAUAUCUCAAUGAAAUACCAUCAGUUGUUGUAUUUUUUUAUGAUCUUGAUUGGAAUGAUCCACAAUGGAAUGAAAAAAAAAUUGAUUGUUCAUCAAAAGUACAAUCAUUACGUUCAUCACUUGAUGGACGUAAUACAAAAAUUGCUGUUGUAUUAAUACAAAAAUCAUCAUCAGUAUCAUCAUCACCAACAGAUAAUGAAGAUACAUUAACAAGUGAUAGAGCAACAUCAUUAUGUACAUCAUGUGAAUUACAAGGUAAAUUAUUAUACAUAUUACCACAUGGUGAUCAUUUAAUGGGUUAUAUAACACGUCUUGAAAAUGCAUUUUAUGAUUUAUCACAAAAUUAUUAUCAUCAUGAAUAUAGAAUUGUUAAAAAUCAUCGUGAUCAACUUAAUAAAAAUUCACAUCAAUAUAUUAUAAUACGUCAUCAAUAUAAAAUGGCAUUUUAUAAUGAAUUAAAAAAUGAUAAAAGUAUAUCAUUACGUCAUUAUCAACAAUGUUAUAAAGAUUUAAAUGACAUACGUAUUAUUGAUACAAAUAUAUAUGAAAUUAAAUUAAUAACAAGUUUUGUUAAUUAUAAAAUAUGUAAAUUAAUGUUUUUAUUAAAUCAACCAAGAGAUGCAAUAUCACAAUUUCGUUGUCAUACUGAACGUUAUCGUAAUUUAAUUGGUAAUGAUAAUAUUAUAUUUGAACAUUAUGGAUGGAUGACAAAUCAAUAUUCAACAUUUGCUGAAUUAUUUGAUGAUGCUAUUAGACAAGGUUUACCAGCAGUACAAACACAACAUCCUGGUUAUUAUUAUCAACUUGCUGCACAUUAUGCUACUUUACGACAAAAAUCAAUUAAUAAUAUUAUUAUUAAUGAUGAUGAUAAUAAUGCUGAUGAUAAUAAUAUUGAAGAUGAUGAUAAUAAAAUUGAAUAUUAUGGACAAAGAUCAUUUAUUAAAUUUGAACAAAAAAAUAAUAAUUUAAAUAAUAUGACAAUUAAAUUAUUACAAUUACGUGAAAAAAAAAUUAAUCAUUCAAUGAUUAUUAUUGGUUUAUUAGGUAAUGCAAUAUCACAAUUUAAAAUUUAUCGUUGUCCAAGAAUGAGAAGAUUAUUAGUUGUACAAAUGGCUAGUGAAUAUUUUAAUGUUAAAGAUUAUGGUAAAGUAUUGACAUUAUUAAUGCAUAUGUUAUGGGAUUUUCGUAGUGAAUGUUGGCCAAUAUUAUUAACAGAUAUAUUAAAAAAUGCACUUAAAGCAGCAUUUUUAUCUGUAUCAAUACAAGAAUAUUUAACACUAUGUAUUGAAGCACUUGGUCCAAAAAUAUUAUUAAAUAAACAACAUAAAUUAAUAAUACGUAAUAAUAUAUAUAAUAUAUUAAAAAAAACAAUACCAAUUGAAGAACCAGAUUUACCAGAUGAUGAUAAAUUAAUAUCUAUUAAUAAAUGGAAUAAUGAAAUUAAUAAUAUUGAUAAAUUAGCAUUUACAAUUGAUGAUAUGAAUAUUAUAAAUUUUAUUCAAUUAAAAAUUAAAUUUACAAGCAAUAAAUUUUAUAUUGGUCAAUUUAUUAAUAUUGAAUUAUUUAUACGUAAUUUAUAUGAUGAUAAUAUUGAAUUUUCAAAAAUAUCAAUAUCAAUUAAAUUACCUGGUAAAAAUAUUGAAUUAUUUAUUGAUGAAAAUUCUAAUGAUAAUGGUAAUUUUAAAUUUAAUAAUAAUGAAAUUAAAAAAUUUAAUUGUCAAUUUGAUACACCAAAUUUUAAUGAUGGUACAGAAAUACAAAUAAAUAAUGUAUCAUUAUAUUUUGGUAAUGAUAAAAAUUUUUCAAUUAUUAUGAAAUAUACAUCUUUGUUUGGUGAUUGUACAUUAUUAGAACGUACAUAUUCAGAAAUUCAACAAUUACGUGGUACUUAUUUUGAUAAAAUAAAAUCUGUAAUUGUUGCUGAAAUUAAACAUGAAGAUAAAAAUUUUAAACUUGAUAUUGAUGCAAAAGUACCAGCUUUAUUAAGUGAAUGGAUGCCAAUAAAAAUAUUAAUAUCAUCAAAUCAAGAUAUUUCAAAUGUCAUUAUUCAGGUUAAACAAAUAUUAGCUGAAAAUAGUAAUGAUCCAGCAGUUGAAUUGAGUUUAACAACAGAUAAUAAAAAAUUACAUGAAAAUAAUCAAAAUUCAAUAAUAAUUAAUAUUGAUAAUGAAAAUAUUAAUGAUAAAAAAAUUGAAAAAAUAAUAUUUGUAAGAUGUCAUCAAAUUGGAAUAAGAAAUUUUAUAUUUCGUGUUGAAUAUCAAGGUAAUAAUGAUGAUAUAAAACGUAAUAAAGAAUUAUCAUAUUCAUUAAAAAUAGUUAAACCAUUUGAUGUAACAACACAAUUUUAUACAAAAUUAUUUGAACCAUUAACAAAAGCAUUUGUUAAUGAACAAUUUAUAAUGAUGCCACAUAUUGUUUGUACAUCACCAUGGCCAUUAAAAAUAAUUGAUUCAUCAGUUGAAUUAGGUAAUUCAAUUGUUAAAUUAAAUGAUAAUAAUAAUUGUGAUAAUAAAAGUUUAUUAAAAAAUAUAAUAUUGACGGAUGGUGAAACAGCAACAGAUGCAUUUUGUAUUGUACCAAAAAUUGGUAGUGAACAACCAACAUCAACUGGUGUUUAUACAAUUAAAUGGCAAAGAAAUAAUAAUAAUAAUGAUAUUAAUGAUAUUAUUGAAACAAGUACAAGUGUUACAUUGGCACCAUUGUGGGUUGAAGAUGUUGUUGUUGGUAUUGAUGCUAAUAUACCAGCUCAUGGAUUUGUUAGAACACCAUUAUGUAUAACAUAUAUUAUUAAAAAUCAUUCAGAUUUAUUAUUUACACUUAGACUUACAAUGGAAGCAAGUGAUGCAUUUAUGUUUGCUGGACAAAAACAAAUUGAUAUUUGUAUUAGACCUAAAAAUAAAAAAAAAAUUGAUUGGAUACUUAGACCACUUGUUGCUGGUUUUGUUGCAUUACCAACAUUGUCACUUGCUGUUCCAAUUGAUGAAGAACAUAAAGUUAAUAAAGUACGUCUUGCUGAAGUUAUGGAACGUUCAUUACCAACCCACAUUUACAUUAUGCCAAAAUCUCAGGUUGUUGAAGCAUGAAGAACCAGUCAGAAAAUAAUAGACAAUUAACAAAAAAAUAUAUAUAUAUAUUUAUAGUAUUAUAAUACGUGGGCUUCCACGUAAUUAUUUCAAAUUAAAUUUUUAUUAAUAAUAAUAAAACAAAGAAAAAUUAUUAUCGUGUUUAUUUAUUUUUAUAUUGUUACA